GAAAGAGCAAAAAAAACCAGGGAACUCGUCCAAACCCUAGAAGUGAGCAAGUGUGAAAGAUUUCAAAUUGAUUGCGAAUUAGAGAUUGGCUUGUGUGCAGAUCCAUUUUCUCACCAUGCAUUAGCAUUUGUUUGGAAGUUUGAGUUGAACCAUGAGAAUGUUCCAAGUUUGAUGUUUUAUUUUUCAAUCAUCUCUAUGCUACAUUUUAAAAAUGAACAAUUGGGUUUGAAGUUUUAUUUUGAUGUCCAUUCCAGUGAAUGAAAAAUUCAGUUUGAUAUUCUAGAGGGAUGGAGUAUUCUUCAAGUGAAGAUGAUGAACCUAUUGAUGGUGAUAUUGAUUUCGGAGAUGAGAUCACACAAUCAGAUGCUGAUCAGAAUGCGGUCGGAGGCGCUGCUCCGCUUCAUUUCUUUAAUCACAGUGAGAGUUCGAUAAUGCCUUUGGAGAGUGCUAUUGAUAAUGAGCUUCUAGCAGUGGAUGGGAAUGUGAAGGACUUGGUUCCUUUUCUGGGUAUGGAGUUUGAAUCCGAUGUGGCUGCGAGGAACUUCUACAAUAACUAUGCUCUUCGUCUUGGCUUUGGCAUUCGAGUUGCCAGGUCUAGAAGUGAGAGAAGGAAGGGUGUGGAGGUGUUGGUCAUGAAGAGAUUUGUAUGUUUAAAAGAGGGUCACCACAAGAAGAAAGUCACGGAAUAUAGUGGUGUCAAGAAGAAGCGCAAGCGGUUAUCAAUUAGGGAUGGUUGUCCGGCGAUGAUGGAGGUUGUCAGGAGAGGACAGGAAAAGUGGUUAGUCACUAAAUUAAUUUUGGAACACACACAUGUUGUGGUUAGUCCAGAUAAAGCACGGGAAAUUCAGCUUAAUCGGCUUUCGGGUAAAGAGUUAGAGCAUGAGAACUAUCUCAAGGAUAUGAGGCAAAAGGCUUUUGGAGAAGGAGAUGCCCAGGGCUUGCUUGAGUAUUUCAAGAGAACGCAGUCUUCAAAUUCUGGUUUCUUCUAUUCAAUGCAGGUUGACAGUAGAAAUUGCAUGACGAAUGUGUUUUGGGCAGAUGCUAGAGCGAGAAUGGCAUACGGCCACUUUGGGGAUGCGGUUACUUUCGACACAAGUUAUAAUAAGAAUGAGAACAUGCCGCCAUUUGCUGCAUUCACUGGGGUGAAUCACCAUGGGCAGCCUGUUGUAUUUGGUUGUGCUCUGGUUAUCGAUAAUACUGAAUCUUCGUAUGUUUGGUUGUUUGAGACAUGGGUCACAGCAAUGUAUGGACAGGAUCCGAUUUCAUUAACAACUGAUCAAAGUAGGGCCAUAGGAGCUGCUGUCGCAAAGGUUUUCCCCAACACUCAGCAUCGGUUAUGUAACUGGCGUAUCUUGUCUAAGUGCAAGAAGAAGCUGUUGGAUGUGUGUUCUAGGUACCCUACGUUUCAUGAAGAACUGAAAAGAUGUGUCAAUGAGCCUGAGACUGAAAGAAUGUUUGAGAUGCGCUGGAAGUCAUUGAUCGAUAAAUAUGAUCUGAGGGAGAAUACUUGGCUGCAAUCGUUGCACAACAUUCGCCAAAAAUGGAUUCCAGCAUACCUUAAGGAGUCAUUUUUUGCUGAAAUGUCCACAAUGGAAAGAUCAGAAAGCCUGAACAAGUUCUAUCGGAGGCAUUUCAAUACAAAAACAACCUUGCAGUCAUUUCUUGGGAAGUUUGAUCAAGCUGUGGACAGCCGCCAUGAGAAGGAAAUCCAAGAUGACUACUCUAUGCAGAAUUCCCAACACGUCCUGAAGACAGACCUACCUUUAGAGAAACAUGCAGCGGUCACAUAUACAAGAGCAAUAUUCGAAAGAUUUCAGAUUGAAUUACUUGAGGCAUUGAACUAUUAUAUAGGUAAAGUGCAGGAAGGUGCAAUCAGUAAGUAUUCUGUUGCAAGGUCUACCGAUUCCCACAACUAUCAAGUUGUAACUUUUUAUGAAUCUCAGAAGAAAGCAGUAUGUUCUUGUCACAAGUUUGAGUUUUCUGGUAUCCUAUGUAGACAUGUGCUGGCACUUCUCUGGGCAUCAGAUGUAAAUUUUAUCCCUGAACAGUACAUUUUGAAAAGAUGGACUAGGAAGGCAAAGAGCAGUCCUUCAUUGGAUGAACGGGCUGUUGAGAUGCGGAGUUACUGUCAAGACUCUCCGCUCCUAAGAUACAACGAUCUCUUCCGUGAUGCCAUCAAAUGCGCAGAGAAAGGAGCAGUAUCUGCAGAGACAUUCAAGGUAGCAAAGGACAUGCUACAAAAAGCCUUUGCCGAUCUCGUAAGUCUGCAAGAAAAUAUAGUUAAAACCGGGCAGCAUCCUUCCCCAAAUAUCUAGCUAGAAAACAUUGUUUUGUUAACAACAUUGUAUCUAUUAGGUACUGUAUGUUCAUGUAUUGUCUGGCUUCUAAACAAACUCAUUAUCAAUUAUAUUCUCUGUAUCUCUCUUUCAA